CGACGAGCUGAAGAUGGUGCUGUGGCACGACACUCAGAUCUGGGACAACAGCAACCACCACAGCACCUUCAGCGGCUUCCUGCUGUUCCCCAUGGUCGACGAACCUCCGACAGAGUUCGACGUUGAGGCUGAGCUGAAAUCUCUUCAGGAUUCAGUGACAGAGCUUCGGACUGAAAACCUGGGUGUGAAAGAGAGACUGGAGGCCACAGAGAAGGAGCUGCAGGCAAUGAGAAACGCACCGAAGGUGGCGUUCGCAGUGUCUCUCGGAGGCAACGGUCUUCAGAAGACGACGUCAGGAAGCAAAACGCUCGUCUACAAAGACAUCCUGACCAACAUCGGACAGGCAUACAACUCCGAGACAGGUGUGUUCACAGCACCUGUUCGUGGAGUCUACUACAUCCGCUUCACAGCCAACGCUCCCACCAACUUCCCCAUGAGCGCUGUUCUUUACAAAAACAACGCUGCAAUCCAGCUGAUCGCCCACGAGCAGCCGUCCGGCGAGGGCAGCGACACGGCGUCCAACGGCGCCGCCCUGCUGCUGGAGCAGGGCGACACUCUCUCCAUGCAGCUGUGGCACAACACUCAGAUCUGGGACAACAGCAACCACCACAGCACCUUCAGCGGCUUCCUGCUGUUCCCCAUGUGAGGAUGAAGGCGACCGAACGAUCCACGCUCAUCUGUCCAUACUGAACCAGAACUGGUCUUUGGACUCUCUCCCGCCUGACACUGCUGCUUUAAGUGUUAAUCUCAAAUCUCCUUCAAUCAUCAUCAUCUGAAUCGAAGUUUUUCAGCUCAGUCAAUAUUGAUUUAUUUUUCUUUGACUUCUUGCAGUUGGUCCAGCUCAUCUUUUUAAAUCUCCAGAUGAAGUGAAAAAAACCAAAAACCAAAACAACUUACACUUACAGACUUUCACAGGAAAACUCAUUUUUACUUUCACUGGUUGCUGUCUGCAGUUAACCAGAAAUGAACUUUUCCCUUCAUUUCUCUUGACCUUUGACCUUGUCGGUCCUGGUUGCUUCACUUGCUGGUGAUUUAAAACCUGAAGCUGAUUCCACUGUUGGGAAAAAAGACUCAAAGAUGUUCAGUGAAUAAGAUUCGGGUUGAAACUAACAAAUAUUCUCAUUAUUGACUAAUGUACUUAUUAUUUCUAAGUCCAUCGAUAAAUCGUUUGGUCUAUAAAAUUCCCGUUACAGUUUCCUAAAGGCCAGAUUGACAGCUUCCUUGUCUAACAGUCCGAAAGCCAAAGAUUUUCAGUUUACCAUCGUAGGAGACAAUCACAUCUGUGAGGCUAAAACAAGGGAAUAUUUGGUAUUUUUUACUUUGACAGUAAAUAAUACAUUUUCUGUUGAUGAACCAGUUGUUUCAGAUGAGAAACAUUUAAAGCAACAUCAGAAAUUGUAUUUCUAUUAUCUUUUUUGAAUAACUACAGUCAUGGUCUCUGAUGAAUUUUCCUGGAAGUAUUUGAGUUUUAAAAUGCAGACCCAAAAAACAGUAAUAUAAUCUA